UGGCUGUUACAGUGCAAAACCCUGGGGUACAUUCCUUGUUGCAGAUCUGCCAUAUCUUCCCGCUCACUGUAACAAGGGAAAGUUAAUCACAGUGGGAGACGCUAGGACAGUAAAUCCGCAAUACAGAGCAGUCCCAUUGAAUCCCAAAGCGACGCGGAGGUAGCAAGCGAUCUCAGUGACAGCUGGAGGCGUAUACUGGUUCGCAGCAGGGAAAAUUGCGCCCAUCUUGUUGCCUUAUGUAUUAAAGCGCACUGUGCACUGAGCCUGACUCGGCUGCCACCUUUUAUAUGGGGGCGUUCAUGUAACUUUCCGCCGAUCAGUUUCCUCCUGCAGAGAUACAGUGCGGCUUUACGCACAGUCAGGACAGACCGGCACAUCGGGCGACCCCUGAAUGUGAGCGCAGCGGAGGGUUUGAUUGGGAGUUCAGCACCUCGGAGAGCGCCGGAGAGAGCAGGGAGCCUUUCAGCACCUCGGACAGCAGCAAUCAGCGCUACUACCGGUGUGUGAGCUCUGCCUGGGACUGACCCCCCCCGGCCGGGGACCCCCAACAUCACUGCCCAAGGGUUAGCGCUAGGUUGCAUUGCGUCCCCUACUCAAUGCGGAGCUGUCGGCUGAUGCAUUAUCCUUGCGCUGAGUAAAGCAGAUCCUUCCCUCCACUUCUCUUCUAAUGCGGAUUAGUGUCAUCUGGAGGACUUUGCUGUGGACAUUGUGCAGAAUUAUCACUCACUGAGCGCUGGGGAACAGCUUUUGGAUUGUGGGGCACAAAAGUCACUCAAAGGAUGGAUUACAGAGCUUGCACUUCAGCCUUGAGAAUGCCAGUGUUACUGCUCCUUCUCUGCACUUUCAGCUGUAACCUUGCGGAGCAAGAAGUCGAAAACCUCUCAGGUCUCUCCAGUAACCCAGACAAAAAUAUUUUUGCUAUCCGGGAGAAUGGGACGACUUGCCUUAUGGCUGAAUUCUCAGCUAGAAUCCUCGUACCCUAUGAAGUACCUUCCAGUAAUGAAGUGGAUUGGGACCUAGAAGAAGCCUCUAUCCAGUUACCCAGAGAUACAGAAAUAAGAGGGAAAUGUUGGAACAAUGAAUCUGAGCUCCAUCUGUCCUGGCUGGACAAAGCCUAUACUCUCAAGCUCUUUUUCUCCAAGGAGGGACAAGAUGCUUCCAAAUCCCGUAGUUGGAAAAUGAGUAAAAUCCAGUUUUUGUAUGACCCUUCGGAACACACAAUUUUUAAGAGCGGAGCAAGACCUGGAAGGCACACAGCCAAUAGCCACCACCUCUCUCUCAUGGUCACACCAGCUGGCAUGUCUUAUGAAUGUGAGGCAACCCAGAGAAUCAGCCUGACAUCUACUGACCACCAGAAGAUAGUCGUUCUGUACCUUUCGGAAGUUCACCUACAGCCAUUUGAUAUCAAGAGUGAUUUCGUCUACAGUGAAGAAUACAAGUGUCCAACGGAUCAAAGGAAGCAGCUGGAGGAAACGCUUCCCCUCAUCCUAGGCCUGACGUUGGGAGUAGCCAUACUCAUCAUCGUCGCCGUGUAUCACAUUCACCACAAGAUGACAGCCAAUCAAGUUCAGAUACCUCGGGACAGAUCUCUGUACAAGCACAUGGGAUAAACCAAGACAAAUUCAAUGCAGGGCACAUAACCCAUCAGGUAGAUAAAGCAACUGCACUUUUCUAAAGGCUCCUCCCAUUUCCCGCCUACAUUCCAUAUGCUCUGACAUUGAAGUGGUUAGUAUCCUAUUUAGCAUCCAUCUGCAGUUAGUGUGGCCCUACAGAUCAGGUGUGUGGCCCUCUGAUUGAACCACAGCCUCUAAUAUUCUAGGGGUUGCACUCCCCAAACAGCAGUAUUGAAUACCUUCUCCCCAUUGGUGUGUCCAUUUAUAUCAUAGCCUUUUCUAUAGUUACUACCUUAACUGUAGAUAUCUAGCUCUUGGGUAUAAACCCUGUCCUUUGCUGGUUGAAAUUGCUGGAAGCUUUGGGUUUAAAAUCCCUCCUUUAAGCCAUGAUCCCUAAUGUUUCCAGUGCUUUAAUGACCUCACUGGCAUUGGGGGGGCUAGUAAUAGUCUGUAAAUAUUAUCAUCACCACCCAUUGCAGGUAUAUUCAUUGCUAUAGACCCUAUGCAUGUUCAGAUUUAUAUUAUGAUAAUAUAGAUAUAUAAUAAAAGAAACUUUAACUAUAUGAUAAGAAACUUCUAGACUUUACAUACUAUUUUAUAAGGACAAUUCAGAACAUCAGAAUUGUCACGUUGAGCUUUUUCUACGUUAGCGAUUGUUACAAUUAUCUAUAGGCUGCGAUGCAUCCGCUAAGGACACAAGGAGCGCAAUAGAAUUAAUCAGACCUUGGACGCCAGAUAACUCAUUUUGUGGACUAAUAAAUGAAAGCUUGAAUCUGCUAGGCAUGAUGCAUGUUUGGUUCUUGUGCAGUGCUCCCCAGUAUAAUAAUAAUACCCUGAUACACUGACGACUAUGCAUAUUCCUUUGCUUUAUAAAGUGUCCAUUUGAAAGGAUGAUAAACUGUUUGGCAUAAAAUUAUUAAAUACCUUUUCAUUAUAAUCUGCAAA